UCCGACAUUUUGUCCCCAUAUCCUUGUGGGUACCACGUAGGCAAUAUUACAGUGAGUGAAAUUUCUAUGGAAUAUUAAGAUUUCAAUACAUUUGAAAUUUCUUAAGACUCUUGUGGGGGAAAUUUAGUGAUAAUCUUAUCUGUUUUUCCUCUUGUUUUUAUGUUUCAUAAUAAAUAAACUCUUGCGUUUGCAUCACUUAUUUUAGGCGCAGUUUUUUUGUAUUUGUAAUUUUAAUAUAACAGAGGAAAUACAGAUAAAAAGUGUUUAAUAUUUAGUAGUGACAAAGACUAAAGAGCAAUAAUGACUCAAGACUCAGUGCUUACCGCUGAACCGUCUACAGCGAAGGCUCAAGUUAACCAUGUGGAGUCAGCGGCUCAUACUAACGGGGAUGUGGAGGUCCGAGUGAAUGGGAAAGUUGGGAAGAACGAGGAAUCACCGGCUAAAACCCUGGGAAAUGCAGAGGUGCAGAUCCAACUGGUAAAUGGAGAUGAGACGUCGUUGCUUCAGGUUCCUGGAAAUAGAGGAUCUUUGCUUCAUCCAGCAACUAAGAAACCGCUCCUACGGCCGGAGUCGGUGCAAGGCGUGAUGGAGCAUGCACUGCAACACCGAGAACGCGUCGGCGUGCAGGACUUCGUCUUGCUCGAGGACUUCCGCUCUGAGGCUGCCUUCAUCGACAAUCUCAGGAAGCGGUUCCAUGAGAACAUCAUCUAUACCUAUAUCGGCAAUGUACUGAUCUCCGUGAACCCUUACAAGAACCUGCCCAUCUAUACAGAGGAAAAGACUACUCUCUAUUACAAGAAAGCCUUCUUCGAAGCUCCGCCACAUGUGUUUGCAAUAGCAGAUAAUGCCUACAGAUCGUUAGUUUAUGAGCACAGAGAACAAUGUAUUCUAAUCUCAGGCGAAUCCGGCUCAGGUAAAACUGAAGCAUCCAAAAAAGUCCUAGAAUAUAUAGCUGCACGCACCAAACAUUUACGCAAAGUUGAAACAGUCAAAGACAAACUACUGCAAAGUAAUCCUUUAUUGGAAGCCUUUGGUAAUGCUAAAACCAAUAGAAACGAUAACUCUAGCAGAUUCGGUAAAUACAUGGAUAUACAGUUCAAUUAUGAGGGGUCACCGGAAGGUGGACAUAUCCUGAACUAUUUAUUGGAGAAGUCAAGAGUUAUAAGUCAAAUGUCAGGAGAAAGAAACUACCAUAUAUUCUAUCAGCUAAUAGCAGGGGGUGAUGCGGAGUUGAUGAAGCACUUAAGGUUGCAGAGCAGACCGGAAGUAUAUAAAUAUACAACUGAUUUGGUCACACCUGCAAGCCAAAAAUUGAAUGAUGCAGAACAGUUCCGAACAGUCAGAUCAGCAAUGAAAGUAAUCGAGAUCGGAGAAGACGAGCAGAAGGAAAUCUUCGAGAUCGUGGCCAGUGUACUGCAUCUUGGAAACGUUAAAUUUGUCCAAAAUGACAAGGGAUACGCGGAAAUUCUUUCGCACGAUACAAAUAGUACUAAUGUUGCGGAGCUCCUUAAAGUGAACUCAAGCAAAUUGCGCGAGGCCCUUACUAGCCGCACAAUCGAAGCACGCGGGGACGUGGUGACAACCCCCCUGGACUUUGAACAGGCUCAGUACGCGAGGGACGCCCUCGCGAAAGCAAUAUACGACAAGCACUUCAGCUGGCUGGUCUCCAGGCUGAACUCCUCCUUGGCGCCAAAACAAAAAGAUUCCAGGGACUCCGUUAUUGGAAUCCUGGAUAUAUACGGAUUUGAAAUAUUCCCCAAGAACAGUUUCGAACAAUUCUGCAUCAACUUCUGCAACGAGAAGCUACAACAGCUGUUCAUCCAAUUAACCCUCAAGUCCGAGCAAGAGGAAUAUCUGCGCGAAGGCAUCGAAUGGGUGCCCGUCGAAUACUUCAACAACAUCAUCAUCUGUGACCUCAUUGAGGAAAGACACAGGGGUAUCAUCUCAAUCUUGGACGACGAAUGUCUGCGGCCUGGAGACGCUACGGACCUCAGUUUUCUGGAGAAAUUGUCACAGCGAUUAGACGGACAUGCGCACUUCAAGUCCCAUCAGAAAGUCGACUCCAAAACGCAGAAAAUUAUGGGAAGAGAUGAAUUCUGCCUUGUCCACUACGCUGGAGAAGUGACAUACAACGUGAACACAUUUAUCGAGAAGAACAAUGAUUUGCUGUUCCGAGAUCUGCAGAGCCUCAUGGCAUCAAGCGGGAACAAGAUUGCUGGCAUUUGCUUUAAGGACCUUAACCUGGCUUCAAAGAAGCGUCCAGAAACGGCCAUAACACAAUUCAAAAACUCGCUAAAUGAGCUAAUUAAGAUUCUCAGCAGCAAAGAGCCAUCUUACAUUCGCUGCAUAAAGCCCAAUGAUUUUAAGGCACCAAUGUCCUUCGAUGAUAAGUUGGUUUCGCAUCAAGUGAAAUAUCUUGGAUUGAUGGAAAAUCUGCGCGUGCGCCGCGCUGGAUUCGCCUAUCGACGCACCUACGAAGCUUUCCUAGAAAGAUACAAGUGCCUCAGCCCAAACACAUGGCCUAACUUCCGAGGACCCGCAAGACAAGGGGUCCAGUAUCUAGUCGAAUCGCUCAAAUACGAAAAAGAAGAAUACAGGAUGGGGAACACAAAAAUAUUCAUUCGUUUCCCCAAAACACUAUUCGACACCGAAGAUGCAUAUCAGCUCAAGAAAAACGACCUAGCUACAAUCAUCCAAAGCCGUUGGAGGGGAUACCGGCAGAGAAAACAGUAUUUAAAGAUGAGAGCCGCGGCCAUUGUGAUCCAGAAAUGGGUCAGGAGGUUCCUAGCUCAAAAGCUAAGGGAAAGGAGAAGGAAGGCUGCUGACGUCAUAAGGGCUUUCAUCAGAGGUUUCAUCACUCGCAAUGGUCCAGAAACACCUGAAAACCGCCGGUUCCUCGGUAUCGCUAAAGUCCACUGGCUCAAGCGACUAUCAACCAGGCUGCCUACCAAACUACUGGACAUGUCCUGGCCACCCUGCCCUGCUACCUGCCAACAAGCUUCGAAGGAAUUGCACAGGCUUCAUAGACUUCUGCUAGCGAGGAAGUACCGAUUGGCUCUGACCCCUGCUAGGAAGAAGCAGUUUGAGCUGAAGGUGUUGGCUGAGAAGAUAUUUAAAGGCAAGAAGAACAGUUACCCGAGCAGUAUCCGGGAGUGGUUCGUGGACGACCGCCUAUCAGAAGACCAUCGCGUUCUGCGGAACACAUUCAUGGCUUCACCCUCGUGGCCAACGGGGGAACAGCUUAUUUACUCAUGCGAGGCAGUGAAGUACGACCGCAGAGGGUACAAGCCUCGCGAACGCGCCCUCCUUGCAUCAGACAAGGCCCUCUACGUCCUUGAUGCGGCGAAAAGCAAGACGUAUAAGCUGAAGCAUCGCUUACCACUCGAUGUGCUACGCGUCGUUGUGACCAACGAAACGGAUGGGCUCGUUCUUAUCAAGAUACCGCAGGAGCUAAAGAAAGACAAGGGCGACCUUAUAAUUUCCGUGUCCCACGUGAUCGAAGCCCUCACCAUCGUCACAGACUACACUAAGAAGCCUGACAUCAUUGACAUUGUUGACACUGGCAGCAUUGUUCAUAACCUCGUGAACGGCAAGCAGGGCGGCACCAUCGAGGUGACCAACGGCCCGCAGCCAACCAUCCAUCGCGCUAAAAGCGGCAACCUACUUGUUGUGGCAACCCCGUAAAGAACAGUAUUUAAAAAAAACAUCGUCUUAGCUUAUAACUAAUAAGUAUUCGCCAUAUUUCAGUCAAUUGAAACUUUUGCGACUAACCCCAGGUUCUGAAACGCUGUUGAAAUUAAAGCUCAACUAUCGAUAUGAAUCAAAGUCGUCAAGCGAACAAUCACUUUGAUUGCGUUCCAGAAACGUUAAUAAACGUCAUUUCAUGCAUAAAGAUAGCGUUGAAUGUCAAAAUAUAAGCAAAAUAUUAUUUAUUUAUUUAUUUAUACUCUUUAUUUACACACAAAAAAAUAAUUCCGUUAACUUGGUAUCAUCCAAUCACCACUUGUGAAACAUAUAAAUAUUUUCUCAGACGAAUAUUUGAACAAUGACCAUCGUUUCAGAAACUGAAUGAUAGUAGUCAUAAAAAAAUAACUCUUGCAAUAUGUAUACAUGUAGGUAUAACUUAUAUGUUAAUUUAAGUGUUAUUUUUUUUUUAAUACUUUUAUAUUUGCAUCAUUUAUUUGUACAACGAAUUUAACAGAGCACGAUGCAGUGGGUUUUAUUCGGUUAUUAAAACAUGCAUUAAAAUCCACAAGCUUAUAUAUAUAUAAUGUUAAUAUUACAUUUCCCCAUAUUUCACUUCUAUAUUCAAAACAAUAAAUAGCAAAGAUUUUUUUUGUAUUAUUAUUGUCUAACAAUAAUUUCGUGUUAAGUAUUUAGUAUAAACCUACGCAUUGUUAUAAAUAAAACCAUAGUUACCUAAGUAAUGACAAUUUUAUACAUGGAAUAAUGAAUAAUGUAAUUAAAGUUUAAAAUAUUUCCGUUUAAUACUAAUUGAUGUUUGUUAUUAUAAUAAAUCGAUUAACGUACAAAGUACUUAGUAGUUUAUGCCAUAGAAAGAAAUAACUUUAACAUAAGAGAAUGAUGUCCAUAAAAAUGAAUAAUUUAUUUAUAUCUACUAAUUAAAAUGAAACUGCAAAUUUUAUGACCGACCACAUUAUUUCAGUAACUUAUUAAACAACGAUGGAAAGGCUAUACAGAAAAUAAAGUUAUGAACAAAAAAAAAAAGUUUAAAAUAUAAAGACGGUAGGUUGGUACUAUUGUUUAUUUAAAUGCUUUUUUUAUAGACGUGGCAUCGCGCCCUAAUCCAAGUUUAAAAGUGUUUUGACACACUUCAACUGACAGCAACUUUCAAAUGCCAGAGCGUAAAAAUAAUGCACAACUAUUCCAACGUUAUGCCACGUUUAUUCAUAAGACUAAUAUCAAAGCAAUGCAUUAAUGCAUUUUUAUCUGUUCUUAGUCAGGCUUUUUCAUCAUUAGGUUUGUAAAUGUGGUAGGUGUUGCCAUAUUCAUUUUUUAACUUCCUCGUAUACUUCGGGGAAAAAAAAUUACUUCGGUAUCUAAUAUUUUGAGUUUUCUUAAGUUAAUAAUGUUUAAGCUGAAUCGAAGGUGCCUAAAUAAGUGUACGUAGGUAGAUUUAAAAGCUAAACUUUUUGUAAAAGCCGUAUGAAUAAAAUACGAGUCACUGAUUUGAAUAUCUAAUCGUAUCACGAAGGAAGCGAAAGAUUAUCGUUGAUUUACAGCGGCAAUGUGAUGCAAUGCUCUCUUAUUGGUUGUUACUAUUCCACUAUUGGCUACAAUACGCAAUUAGAGCGAGAUUACCUUAUUUUAAGCCAAUAAGAACAAUUAGACCCUGAGCUGUAACUGUGCAUGGUAAAUGUGAUGUUAUCACAAAAUUAAAUAAUUAGUAACCUUAGUACAAGAUUUGCUCGCUCACAAUAGAGGAGUCUUUUUCGAGUAUUCAAAUACUUAAAGCAUCAGAGUGAAACGGACCUUAUGGCCAAAAGUUAAUAAGGCUCAAAUUUGCUAGCAAUUCUUCAGUUACGGCUUUUGGCAAGACAUUUGUAAAAUAAAAAUCAGUAGUACGGAACUCGCAACUGUAAAUGGAGUGAAAUUAGGUCCAUUUUACUUUGGCGAUAUUGAUUUUAAUAUGCGAAAACUAAUCUAUCGUGAGCGAUCAAAACUUGUGAUAACGCUUCUCAUCUUUGGAUCAUACCUAUCAUAAACAUAAUUCGACGGUGACUUGUGUUUCAGACAUUAAUGGCGGCGUGAACGGGCGAAGCUCGUGACGAACGGAUAGUUCGCUAAUUAUUUAUUCGUAUACUUAGCCUUGGCCAUAAAUAGAACUAAUUCACUUACUACAGGCACGAGUGCCUUAAUUGUUAUUGAUAAACAAACUAUUUAUUGAUAAGCCAGUUCCUUUGUAAUUACUUUAUAGAAAUAUACGUAUUUUGUAUAGAAAUUGCUUUUUUUUUCUGA